CCCUCCUCGUCGCCACUCUCAUUGUUGCUGUUUUGUGGCCGGUGUGUUUGCUAGUUUACGUUUUUGGUUGUUUCCCUUGCGCGGAGUAUUCCUAAGAUUCCUCGGAUUUUUACGCGACUUAUCUUGUUGACAAACAAUCGGGAUAAUUGAGAGAAAACGUAGACGACUCGUCGGUGGUGGUAGUUGGCGGCGGCGGAGACGAUGGAAAAUCUGGAGGAAGUGUUGCAGGCACUCGACGAGUUCCAGAAGAUGCGACCGUCGGUGAUCCCGCAGGAGCUCGAGGAUUAUCUGUGCUGGGUCGCCAAGACCGGCGAUCCAGUAUAUCAGUGGCCGUUGAUCAAGACCCUCGUCCGGGAGAAGCUCACCCGCGUAAUGACGGACUUUUACGAAAGCUGCCCCACUCUGGAACUCGCGCCCUGUCCGAACGUCGAGCAUUUCAAUUACGAUAUCAUGAAGAGCAACCUCCUCGAGAGGUUGGAAUCGUUCGCGAACGCGCCUUUCACCGUUCAACGAAUAUGCGAGCUGCUGACGGCGCCGCGUAAGGAGUACAAUCGCGUGGACAAGUUCAUGCGGGCCAUCGAGAAGAACAUCCUGGUGGUAUCGACGCGCGAACCCGGACCUAUAACCAGACGCGGCGAAACGGGCGACGGUAUGGUUAACGGCUCUGUCGAAGAAGACGCGGCCUCCGUUACACAGCAACCACCACCGCCGUCACCGUCGCAGCCCUCCUCACAGCCUUCCUCGCAGACGACCCAGCCGCAACCGGCGCAACCGGUACAACCGACCUCGCAAGACGUGGAAAUGGAAUACUGGGAGAAGGAUUGUAGCUCCACCGUUACAAUUAGUGUACACACCGUCGAGAAUGAACCACCGCUUAUGCACAGCGGUGUCAUACCAGCGUCUGAUUCUACCCUGACCAAGAAUCUAUUUGCUGAGGAGACCGUGCGAGAGAAGCUUGAACAAGUUACCUCUAGAACUGAUAUCUCGGCGACCAAUUAUAUCACCGCAGUCUCAGACUUCUCCACUAUAUCGAAUUUAAAUUUACAGCCACAUGCACCAGUGCUAGAAGCCAUAGCGACUGCUGUUCCUGUGGUACAGAGUCUACCAGCAGUCGGAACAGUCUCUGAAGACUCCAUGGUCCCGAGCACCGAUAUUGCAGUAGCGAUUAUGAACGAGGAUACCAAUUCUCAACCUAAUUUAGACAUGGAGAAUGAAGAGAUUGAGGCAAACACAGCAACAGCAAGUACCACGACAUCUACGACGACGACUGCAACCACGACGACUGCUACGGCAACAACAACGACAACAACAGCAACGUCAACAACAUCGGUAUCAACGGCGGCGACGACGACGGUGACCGUGGUGGCCACGGUGAUACCGUUAACGACGGAUACCACGCGGAAGCUGCAAGCUGCUUUCCAAGCGAAACGCUUCGAAUCCGGCGAUAACAAGUCCGUGGACAAGUCCAAUGAGAAAACCACGGAUUCGUCGAAGUUAGACAGCGUGGAGGAAGAGAUUGGGCAGCCCUUGAAAGAUGAAGAAACGACCAAAUCGAGUCCCGAGCGUAUAGAUCCCAAUGAAAUGCCACGUGAUGAAAGUAGAUUAACUGAUGAUGAAAGUUUAUUACAGACCGAUGUCGAGAUGAAAUCUGACGCUUUAACGGAUGAUACUGAAAGUGUUGAAGAAAGAGCUCGCGAUAAACCGAAGGAAGAGGAAUCGUCAAUCCUCGAGGACUUGGAUGAGGAAAACUUGCGUUCCACGAGCAGCCAGAAUACAAAUACGACGGCACUCGUCAAAUCGCAGUCCAUGGAAAAAGAUAGCACUGUCCCAUCCAAUGAGUGUGUGAGCGCAGUCAUCGUGUCUAAUACCGAAGCGUUAUACAAAACAGAAAAAUCCGAGAUACACUCUAAAGAAGAGUCGGAAACAAUUUCUUCCACAGAGUGUUUCGCACGUGAUCAAUCUAUUAGCCAAAAAACAGAGAGUGUAGAAGAGAUGGAUAAAGUCCUAGAAGCUAUUCCUACAACAGCAUCUUCCAGCAGCAACACUAAUCGACAAGAAGAACAAGAGUCCGACAACAACGAUAAUUUAAAUAUUAUGGAAAUUUCCAACGACAAGAUGGUUCUUGUCGAGUCUAUGACAGAGUCGGAUCCAAUAAGUAGUGUAGAAAAAUCUAAAGAAGCAACAUCUAUAAUUGAAAAACUCGAUCCUGUCUCACCUACUGUCGAAACAAUAGAAAGCUCCGAUAAUGUCAGUUGUCGAUCUCCAAAGGAUGACAAGUUAAUAGACGAUCAAGAUGACAAUUUAGCAAAUUCACAAGGCAAUAAAGCAACGGCAGGCAUCACGAUAAAAGGGAAUCAAUCUUCUGUAAUAGAGAGUAUAGCGUGUAGAAAGGAAUCGGAGGAAUUAAUGGAAGUCGACGACGAAGAAUCAUUAUCGACGUUUCAACAGGAUGAACCUAUGGAGCAGGAAGCAAUGGAGGAGCUGCCGAAAAGUUAAUCUUGACUUAUCUAAUUGGCAUGUUUCUCUUUCCUUUUGUUUAAUUUUUGAUAUCUAUUCCUAAGAUAGAUAUCGGAAUAUGAAUCAAUUCGUAAAUAUCUUUGCACAUGAACAAGAUGUUUACGAAGUGCACUUUUGUGAA